AUGUACCUUUUCUUGUGUCUCUCGUUGUUCUUGAUUUUGUUCUUGUUAUUGUUCAUAAACACGUUGUUAUUUUUCGUUGGUUUGCCUAUAAUCAGCUAUCAACAUCUAGACCAGUCAUCAAUCACAAAAAUGUUUUACUCAAGAGUUUUGAGGUUCAGCGCUAGCACUGUUGCUCGUGCAGCAAAGCCACAAGGUCAAGCUCACAUCGGUGAGUCGUGGGCUAUUACAGAAGCAAAGAGAUUAGUGCCCGCUGUUGCAGGGUGGUCUGCAUUUAUUGCUGUCUGUCUGGGAUGGCCAUUAGCGUGCAGCCGUAUGUCGGUUCACUACAAGGAGAGCCAGUUGCAGCAUUAG